UGGUGUGGCUCACAGUGUUGCUAGCUCAGUCUGCACAUUCGUACCUAUGAGGCUAAUUGUUUACGUUUAGCCUGAACGGUUCUGCUAGUAGAGUAAAACUUACAGCCAAAAGCUGAGUUUCUAGAUCUGAGUUUGAGACUUCUGGAAGAAUAUUAAAGAACAAUACAAGAAUUGGCUAUAGGUCAAACUGCGGCUAGUACAAGCAUAGUAUUUAAAAGCAAAAUUACUUGAGUGGGCUGAAAGUCAUUGGAACCAACUUUGUGGAAAAUGUCUUCCGUAGCUAUGGAAGAAAUGCUUAGCUGGCGCUGAGGCUGAGACCCUGGUGACACAUGCAUGUCGGCAUCGGGGCGGGACGGUGCCCUCAAUUUAAAAUGUUUUCGGCGCAUCACGAACGAAUUAUUGCAUUUCUUCGAGGAAAACAUGGAAUUCCGUUAAUAUUAGGAAUUAUAGUUGGACUAACUGUAAGCUUGGCUGCAUUACCUAUUUGGGACCACAUUUGCAAUGUGAUGGUUGAAGAUUUAGGUUAUCAAUUUUUCACAAAUGAUUUGGAACAAUCUGCAUUUGAACUGCGAAUGGUGAAAAGAGAUCCUGAUGAAAUAGCUAACAAGAUGAUGGAUGCAAAACAAGUGGUGCGCCCUCGUUACUUCUCUUCUGAACUGAAUAUCAAGGCAAAGCUUGUUGUAGCCAUUGCAACAACAUUAUCUGUAGUGAAGCAAUAUGGUUACACAUGGAACUUGACUAUUCAUGAGCAUGUUGAUCAUCUUGUGUUCUUUGUUGGUGAAGACAAUCCACCAGCUUCAAUGGGUCUACCUAUCAUCUCAUUUCCUGAUGUGAAGAAUGAACAGUUGAUGUACAGCAUUGUAUCUUACCUGCAAGACCAUUACUCCAGUUCCUACGACUUCUUCAUGCUGAUAUCUGCAAUGCAUCUUGAUUCAGUUCCAUACAUCAAUGGACUUGCCUUGCACAGAACACUUGGUUCCAUCAGCACCAGCAGGCCACUACAUUAUGGGGUUCCUGCAGCUACAGGAGCUCUUUAUUGCAAAUUGGGAUAUGGAAUUAUAUUAAGCAGUGCUGUGGUGUCAAGCAUGGCUGCCUCCUCUGAGUGGUGUCGUGCACAUGCCAUCCAUGCCUCAAGCGAUGAUGCUACGUUUGGACGAUGCAUAAUGCAUGCAACUGCUUUACCAUGCACUAUGCAAAUUCAGGAGAAGCCUUACCACAGCGUGGCCCUGAACCUCCCUCACACGAAGCAAGCUCAAACUCUGGUGCUCGGCCAGCUCAGAGCGGCUGUUGAGAGACUCGAAGCUCAUGCCAGCACUGCAGUUGUGCCAUACUCAGUAACGGGGCUGUCACAGCCUCACCAUCUGCUCACUGUACACCAGUUCUUCCUCACUGGUGAAGUUGUCAUCGCCAAGUCUGCUUUGGCCGCCGCUCGCGUCAUCAUCAAUGAGAUGAGGGAGAAGGCUCCCCUGACGCAGCCUGAGAUAACCUGGCCACUAGGAUCUCAUCCUCCUCAUCAGCCAGCGACCAGAUACGACGUCCUGCCGUGGGUGAUGUUCAACGCCAGUCACGUGCUGCUGCCAGACCAGUCCCGUAACUCAGCGCCCCUGUCUGGAGCUCUUCUUGAGGACAUCACCAGUGUGGUGUUGGCUGGGUCAUCACACAUCAGCAACAGGAGCGACGGACGCCUGCUCCUCAAGAGGCUCGAGUACGGACAUUACAGAGUUGAUCCUGUACGUGGCACUGACUACAUUUUGUCUUUGACUUUCCGGGAUGGCGCAUCUGGGUCUUUGGUGACCAAAAUAGUGGAAGCGUCGCGUGGGAUCGUCGACACAGAAUUUAUCCCCAUGCCUUUUGUCAACGAGAACACAAAGCUGACGAUGGUCGUGCCCGUCACCCCCCAGCUUGUUGAACAAACUUUGCUGUUCAUCGCAAGCUUUAAGAAGAACAAAAGCGUUUGGCCGAACUGUUCUCUUUUGCUGGUGCUCAUGCAGCCUUCGUCUCGCGAACGCAGAAGUGCAUUCGAGGCAGUCUUGAAAGCUGUGGACGAAACCUCCACCUCCGACGGCCUCCUGAAGGCGGUGACCGUCGUUACUCCUGCCGCCUCCAGCCACAUGACCGAGCUUGUCAUCAUGGAUCAGUUGGUGCGGAAGGUAGCAAGCAAGACUUUGGUGUUCCUAGUACCUCCCGCGGCGACCUUCACUGCAGAGGUGCUCAACAGAGUCCGCAUGAACACCAUCCAGGGCUGGCAGUUCUUCAGCCCCGUGAUGUACGGACUCUAUCACCCCAACGUCGUGGAGGACGCGACGGCCUCCGCCUACACCAGCAGGGAAAUAAAAAGUACUUUAGGCCACUAUCUCCGCUACGAUUAUUCUGCCAUCAGCUUCUAUAUGAGCGACUACAUUGCAGCGCGCAAGUUGUCAUCCAAACUCUUCCCAAUCUUCGGGAGCCAAAGAAGUGCAACUGAUCGUUCCUCGCAGCGAGGGUCAUAUCACAUCUCUUUGUACCGCCUCAUGAUUUCUUUCUCUUCAUGUCACGCACUUCGAGCUCCAGAGCCGUUCCUGAGGAUGCCGUACGACGAGCGGUCGUCUUGCUGCGUGGCAAGUAAAUUGGAUACCAACGCGCCUAGUGCAUUCGAUGGGGCACGUGCUGCUCGCAAAUCAAACACAGGCGAUCACAACUCCGGUGAUGCAGUUAUGGUUGUUUCUGAUGGCAAUGUAGCCCCGGCGGUGCCCGCGAACCGUCUCUUGUCUGACGUGUCAUUGCUGCUCGGUGACUGCCGCGAAGAAAAUGAUGCUGCUUUCUACCAUUACGUCAGUGGUAACCUUCUUUUUCAGCUCCAGCCGUCUUACACGAACAAUUCGCUGAAGGACUUCAGAGGAGAUGGCUUUUGCUACGAAAAAUGUCUCGACAGUUUCGGAACUCGCGUGCAGUUAAGUAAAUUAUUGAUGGAAUAUGACGAGAAGUACGGGAGUUUGUCCAACUAGCUUGGUUCUCUUACCUCCUGGUAAUCGUGUCCUAUAGCAUCUUUGUUCUGAUCACCAAGGAUUAUAUUGCACUAUGCCCAAUACACGUUUGCGGUUGCUCGUGCAUUGUGGCAUUGUGUAACCCGCUACCGCUUGACAGGAGUAACCAGAGCAAUAUUGUCACAAGCCUACUUCCCAAAAAAGAUACGUUGCU